CUUUGAUUAUACUUGACCUGAUUUACGGGUGACUGGACACAUAUGGAGAUCAUUCUAAAUGGAUGUGUGUACUUUGGUAACGUGAAGGCGAUGAUCCCCCAUGGCAAGGGAAAAUGCACAUGGGAAGAUGGUACAGUUUAUGAGGGUGAAUGGGAAGACGGAAAAAUGAGUAAGGGUGGACGGAUUACUUGGUCGUCUGGAAAAAGUUAUGAGGGUGAUUAUUCUGGCUGUUUUCUUGAUGGUUAUGGAACGUUGACUAAUCCAGACGGGUCUAAAUAUAUAGGGUCCUGGAGGUUAAACAUUCACCAUGGACAUGGUAGAAAAGAAUAUAGUAAUUUAGAUAUUUAUGAUGGUUUUUGGAAAAAUGGAGUGCAUGAAGGUACAGGUAAAUAUGCUUGGUGUAAUGGAGAUAUGUAUAUUGGGAAUUGGAAAGCAGGAAAGAUGUGUGGUAGAGGGGUAAUGAAAUUUCAUAACGGUGAUUUGUAUGAUGGUUAUUGGUCAAAUGGGUUUAGACACGGGUCAGGCGUUUAUAGGUUUGCUGAUGGUAGUUAUUAUUUUGGAAUAUGGACUCAUGGCAUCAAGGAUGGACGCGGCACUUUUUAUCCUACAGGAAAGAGGAACCGGCCUUCAGGAAGAUUAGGCAAAAAGAAAGUUUUAAAGGAGCUAAAACGUAGUAUAAGCCGUAAGCUACCUAAACAAAUACCUAUUAUUGGAGUUUUACCUAUUAUUGGAGUUCUCAAAGACUCCAAUCGGAAGAUAGUCAAGAAAGUAUCCUUGGAAAAAGAUAAGGAUAUCAAGGGGGAUUCGGGUACAGAGUUCUCUGUGUUAGACAAUACUGACAUAUUAUCUCAUGGCUCCGAGGAUGGAGAAACUGAAGUGGCCGAUGAGGAUCCAACUGUAAUUUAUGAACAGGAAUAUAUAGAUGGAGUUUUGAUCAAAGAAAAGGCAAAUACUAAUGCAGGAUUAUCAUACAAACGUGAACAACAACGCAAAAAGCAUGUGAAGAAAGUGAAACUAAAGUCAUUAUCGGACAUUUCUGAUGACGUUAAGAGCUACCAUCUGAUGCUUAAUUUGCAGCUAGGUAUCAGGUAUAUUGUUGGCAAAACCUCACGGAUUUCUAUACGUACAUUGAGAUACUCGGAUUUUGGUGAAAAAGCAAGAAUAAGGGUGUUUUUUCCCACCAAAGGCUCACGAAUGACACCUCCACACUUGUCAUUCGAUUUUCAUUGGAAAGAUUAUUGUCCUAUGGUCUUCAGAAAUUUAAGGGAGAUGUUCAACAUAGAUGCCGCAGAUUAUAUGAUGUCGAUAUGUGGGGAUGAUUUGAGAGAGAUUUCUACUUCAGGAAAAAGCGGCAGCAUUUUCUAUAUGUCUCUUGAUGACAAAUUUGUGAUUAAAACUUUACGAACAUCUGAACUCAAGGAAUUACUGAAGAUGCUUCCCAACUAUUACAAUCAUGUAAAAGCCCAUGAUAACACUCUGAUCACUAAAUUUUAUGGACUCCAUGAAAUUUCACUGAGAAGUGGCAAGAAGGUACAAUUUGUGGUCAUGGGAAAUAUGUUUUACACACAACUGCGGAUACAUCGUCGUUAUGAUUUAAAGGGUUCUUACCAUGGAAGAAAAACCAAUAUCGAUGACAUAGAUGAGGGUACCACAUUUAAAGACCUUGAUCUUGCUUAUGCUUUUCAUAUGGACAAGUCGUUACGUGAUGCCCUUUUCAAACAAAUCUACCUAGACUGUGUCUUUUUAGAAUCACAGCGCAUUAUAGAUUAUAGCCUUCUUCUGGGAUUGCAUUUUAGAGCUCCUAAGCAUAUGAAUGCUCUCUUAGAACCGCCAGAUUCAUACCAUGGACCUGUGAAGUCUCCUACUGAUCUUGCUCCAACAUUAUUUAAUGUCGACCGGUCAAUUCCACCAAAGGGACUUCUUCUUGUGACCCAUGAGCCGAGUUCUGUCAACACCGCACCUGGUCCACACAUCAGAGGAAGUACUUUGAAAGCAUUUUCAGUAGGUGAUAAGGAAGUUGAUCUCCUUCUUCCUGGUACUGCAAGGUUACGAGUGCAGUUAGGAGUAAACAUGCCAGCUGAGGCAAACCGUAAAGUCUUCUCAAAAGAACCAUCAAAUUCUAAUGAAACAGAACUUUUUGAGGUCUAUGAUGUUGUACUCUAUCUUGGUAUAAUUGAUAUACUACAGGGAUACAACAUGAGAAAGAAAAUAGAGCAUGCUUAUAAAUCAAGGCGCCACGAUCCCAAGUCAGUAUCUGUUGCGGAUCCCCAGUUUUACUCGAAACGUUUUAUUAAUCAUCUGGAGAAGGUUUUCCCUGCAGGAACUUAAAGCUUGCACCCUCAAACCACAUGGUCCAGAAUUUAACUACUCGGUCGAUAUAUAUAAUUUACAAAUCGUUAUGUUAUCGAUUACCUUUUGUAUAGUUUUCAUCACGUUCCUAGAGUACAAGCUGUGUAUCAAGGUUUAUGGGGCAAAUCUUUUAUUCUAACAAUCAUGCAAUUCAUGCUAUAUGAUAACAACUACUAUGUGGAAUGCUUUAUACAAUAAGA